AGUGAGGGGAGAAGGCGGGUCCGAGUCUCGGGAGGCGUGUAUGGCUGCCUGAUCGCUGAGGAGAGGGGAGGAGGAAGGCACCACUUUCAGGAGCCGGAGAGGGGGAGGGCAAGGUGCUGCUGAGGGGGGAAGCGAGAGAGACUGAGAGAGAAAAGACAAUGGAGCCUCUGUGCGGCGGCGGCUGUGGGAGUCUAAAGCUGCCGUGAUACCGGCUGUGAGAGGCGGAGGAGAAACCCGGGACAGGCCCGGCCGGCGCGUCACACCUCACCCCCCAACCCCGGAGAGUACGAGCGCCCCCUCCCUCCGCGCGCUCCUCCUGUUCUACCCGAGGCGCUACCGGUAAUUACGUUUCUGUUGCACGGGCCCUCACUGACUUCUAGACAAGAUGAGCACUGCUGUAUCGUGACCCCAGGGGACCUGGUGAGUAGCGGCCGAAUUGAAGCCCAUCUUAAUUCAACAAACCUGGUUGAAAAGCAAAAUUGUGCCUUGGCGAUGCACAACGUUCCCUCUGCAGCGAGAGGCACAUGUCCGAAGAAUGCUGGAGCUGCAGGAGGGGAGAGCACACUUCAACAAGAGAGAGCGAAACAAAAAGGAGAAAGACGAGCUAAAGGACAACAUUGAUAAAAGCACUUCACAGAAAGCUCUAAGGACCGAUUUAAAAACCCCAAGCCCUCCAAAGAACUUGGCAAGCCCCAGCGCAUCUGUGACUGUGAGCUCCGGAACUCUGUCAAUGCAUUCCAGUAACCCCAAAGUGCGAAACUCCCCAUCAGGAAACACACAGAGCAGCCCGAAAUCCAAGCCGGAGGUUAUGGUCCACCCUCCUUCCGUGAUGUCUCCAUCCGGCAACCCGCAGCUGGAUUCCAAGUUCUCUAGCCAGGGAAAGCAGGGAAGCUCCACAAGCCAAUCACAAGCUUCCCCCUGUGACCCAAAGACUGGUAACCACACCCCCAAGCCGCUGCAAGGACCCGCGGGCAGCAUGGGACUUAAGAAUGGGGCAGGCAAUGGAGCCAAAGGGAAAAGGGAAAGAAGUAUUUCUGCAGAAUCUUUCGAUCAGAGAGAUACAGGCACUCCCACUACAGAUUCUGAAAUGAAAGACUGCAACACUACAGAUCAAGGGAUGCCCCUAGAGUCCCAUGCAUCUCACGCGAUGACCCCUUCCAAUCCCUCCGUCCCCAGGUCUUCCACUCCUUCACACGGACCCUCAAUACUGGACUCUGCACCUGGGAGAAAAACACCAUCCAAAGUGGUGUAUGUCUUCUCUACUGAAAUGGCCAACAAAGCGGCAGAAGCUGUAUUGAAGGGCCAGGCUGAAUCCAUUGUUCUCUUCCACAUCCAGAGCACCUCAAACAGCAAAGCAGAACGCACUUCAACACCUACGAACACUCAGCUUUCUACUAAUAUUAGGAAUGAAACUAAAGCGAAUCCCCGAGCGCCAACUCCACAGGAGCAAAACCAUUCGCAAGCUGCCAAAGCGCAAUCCAAUCAGCCCGGUCCAGUACUUCCUCCAAAGUCUACACCAUCUCACUGCUCGCUUGGGCAAGAGAGCGCGGUUGGGGAGAGUAAAAUGGCAGCCGGCAGCCCAGCCAAUGUUUUACAAACUGAAGGAUGUAGGCAGAGCUCUACCCCUAACAAUCAAGUUGCCAGUCCUUUAGCUCAAGGGAAUGUUGCUCCCACAGUGGAGACAAAGACGGUUGAAUCAAAAAGUUUGUCUCAGCCUGUGCCAGCUGGGGAACCACCGUCUUUAGGCGAAAAUCCUGAUGGGCUUUCUCAAGAGCAACUGGAGCACAGAGAACGCUCUUUGCAAACCCUUAGAGACAUACAGCGUAUGCUUUUCCCUGACGAGAAGGAGUUUGCCCUAAAGGACCUUACAGGCCAAAGUGGGGGGCCACCAAGUGCUGGAAUGUUGGACAGUCUCCAGAAAAAACUUGAAGGGCCAAUACAGGCGAUGAUGGCUCAGUCUCAAAAUUUAGGUAAAGGUCCGGGGCCCCACCCAGAUGGUGGUAUGCCGUUUGGGCCUCAAGGACACAGGGACAUGCCUUUUUCUCCAGAUGACAUGGUUCCUCCACCGAUGAAUCCUCAGCCUGGCCAAGAUCAUCUUGACCACAUGACUCCAGAGCAAGUAGCGUGGCUGAAGAUGCAGCAGGAGUUCUAUGAGGAAAAGAGACGCAAGCAGGAGCAGGUUGUAGUUCAGCAGCGAUCUUUGCAGGAUAUGAUGGUACACCAGCAUGGGCCUAGGGGUAUGGUUAGAGGUCCACCACCUCCUUAUCAAAUGAAUCCUGGGGAAAACUGGGGUCCAGGAGGGCCAGAGCCUUUCCCAGAUGGAAUAGGCAUGCCUCACCCAAUGGCGCCCAAAGGGAUGCCCCCUCAUCCAAAUGUGCCUGGAAGCCAAAUGCAGCGAUUGCCUGGAUUUGUUGGAAUGAUGAACCCCGAUAUGGAUGGACCUAAUGUUCAGAACCCCUCAUCCCGAUCCGGGCUUCCUGGUGUUAACUGGCCUGAUGAGGUGCCAAAAAUUCCAGAUGGACGCAACUUUCCCCCUGGGCAGAGUAUAUACAGUGGCCCGGGGCGAGGGGAACGUUUUCCAAACCCGCAAGGUCUACCUGACGAGAUUUUUCAUCAGCACAUUGUUUCAGAGAAGCAAAUGGGGAUGCCCUCUGCUAUGGGCAUGGAAGGAAUUAGGCCGGUCAUGGAAAUGAACAGAGGGAUGGCACCACAAAGGAAUAUUGAGCCGGGCAGUGGUCUGUUUCCUCGCAUGCCUGGAGAUGCAGCACUGAGCCCUUCCAGGAUGGAAUUUCACAAGGGCAUGCCCCCUAACAUGGGCCCAAAUCGAGAGGUAGAAUUUGGAAUGGGCCCUGGAAACAUGAACAUGAAGGUUGAUAUGAACCUCAAUGUUAAUAUGGCUUCUAACCAGCAGUUAAUGUCCCAGAAAAUGAGAGAAGUGGUGAUGGUACCUGAGGAAAUGAUGAAAAUGAGACAGGGCAGCUCUGAGAUGCUUCCCAAUCAGCAAAAAAUGCAUCCGGCAGCAUUUGAGCAUCAACAGGAGUAUGGCAUGAGGCCCUUUCUCAAUAUGCCCCAUGGUCCCGGAGGAGUGUUGAGGAAUCCCAGAGAACAGAUGGGGCCUGAUCAAAGGACUAACAGCAGACUCAGUCACAUGCCACCUCUACCUCUCAACCCAAACAAUAACCCGGGCAACCUCAGUGCUGCGCCCCCUGUUCAACGUGGCAUGGGAAGAAAGCCUUUGGAUAAUGUUUCUAUUUCAGGCGGUCAAGUGAACUCUCCUGGUGUGAACCCUCUGAAAUCUCCAACAAUGCGCCAGGUCCAAUCACCAAUGCUGGGCUCCCCCUCUGGAAAUCUUAAAUCCCCUCAGACGCCAUCUCAGUUAGCCGGGAUGCUGACAGGACCAACCGCUGCAGCUGCUGCUUCCAUUAAGUCCCCGCCAGUAUUGGGGUCUGCUGCUGCUUCCCCUGUCCACCUGAAAUCUCCAUCCUUACCUGUACCUUCCCCAGGUUGGACAUCUUCUCCUAAACCUCCAAUGCAAAGUCCUGGAAUACCCCCAAACCAGCACAAGCCACCCCUUGGCAUGAACUCACCAGCCAUGAUGGGGAAUAUGGAAUCAGGAGGCCCACCUCCAUCAGUCAGCCAGUCUGCUCCGAUAAAUCACCCCGGAAGUCUUCCCUCCAGCACUAGCUACACACUGCCGCCUGAGCCCACUCUUUCCCAAAACCCUCUCUCCAUAAUGAUGUCUAGGAUGUCAAAGUUUGCCAUGCCCAGCUCCACGCCUCUGUACCAUGAUGCCAUCAAAACGGUGGCUAGUUCAGAUGACGAUUCCCCUCCUGCCCGCUCACCCAACCUACCAUCAAUGAAUAAUAUGCCAGGCAUGGGCAUGAACCCCCAGAAUUCUGUUAAGAUGUCAGGUCCGCAUAUUAAUGUUUCCAUGCCGACGCUCAGCCCGAUGGGUAUGACCAUGCCUCUUUCUCACGGUGGCCAGAUGCCAUCUCCGAAUGCCAUGGCUCCCAACGUACCACCCCACGGAGGUCCUAUGGGACACGGAAUGUUGCAACACAAUCCUAUGAUGGCACAUGGAUCCCAUGAUCCUCCGAUGGUACCUCAGGGACGUAUGGCAUUUGCCCAAGGCUUUCCUCCUGUACAGUCACCCCCGCUACUUUCUUUUCCACAUAAUGGCCCUCAUGGAGGGCAAGGAAACUUUCAUUCUGGGAUGGUCUUUCCAGGGGAGGGGCCUUUAGGUCGCCCUGGCAACCUGCCCCCAAAUGCAGACCCGGCACUUUGUAAGCCGGGAUGUCAUACAGGGCCGGAUUCCUUUACCGUCAUGGGAAACAAUAUGCCUUCAGUUUUCACCGACCCAGAUUUGCAGGAAGUCAUUAGACCCGGGGCCUCUGGAAUCCCUGAGUUUGACCUUUCCAGGAUAAUCCCAUCGGAGAAACCCAGUCAAACACUGCAAUAUUUCCCUCGUGGGGAAGUUCCAGGCAGAAAACCGCAACAAGGACCUGCUUUUUCACAUUUGCCUGGUAUGAUGGGAGAGCCCAACCCGAGGAUGGGUUUACAUAUGCCUGGUAUGGGAGGAGCAGUCGUUUCAGACAUGCCCUUAGGUGGUGGCCCAAACAUGCCAGGACACAACUCUAUGAGGCCCCCGGGCUUUAUGCAGCAAGGCAUGAUUGGACCUCACCACCGUAUGAUGUCACCAGCACAAACAGGAAUGCCUGGCCAACUGACUAUGAUGGGAAAUCCAGGAGGGGUGGGGAUGAUGCCAGGAAAGGAACGGCUACCUGCAGGACUUUAUAGCCACCCGGGCCCCGUCCCUUCUCCCAAUAUGUUGAUGUCAAUGCAGGGGAUGAUGGGACCUCAACAGAACAUCAUGAUACGCCCUCGGGGUAUGCCUUCUGACGUCGGGAUGAGUGGAUUCAGCCAAGGGCCUGGCAACCCCGGGAACAUGAUGUUUUAAGCUGCUACGAACGGACAAAACUGAACAUUGUAGAGAUGAGUGUCUCCCGAGGAACCCGAAAAGCAAAAAAAAAAAAAAAAAGUGUCCCCAUUUGGCCAUGCAAUAGGUUAAAAAAAAAUAAAAGACCCAAAUAUCAGAAUUUGGAGAAAUUUAAGAAUGUAUGAAACUAUCCGAGCAUUGCUUUCAAUUAUUCAAAAGGUGUUUUUUUAUUUUUAUUUUUUGUUUGUAUUUUUUUUUUUUUUUUUUUAAGAUUUAUUUUUAAAAAAAAAAAAAAAUUAUUUUUGUGGACUUGGGUUACCCCCCUCCCCUCUCGCAUACGUGGGGGAGGACAAAACAACGAAAAAACAACAAAACAAAAAAAUCUGUAGCUGUAUUUUGCGAAAUCGCCAUUUGUCAUGAGUUGCACCAUCUUGUAUGUUUACGUCAUUUGGAUUGGCUUCUUCAGGACACAUGGUUUCAUCCCCCCCGCCCCCUUAUUUUUUUUUUUGUGUACUGUACUAUAUUGUAAAAGGGAUUUUAGCCGAGAUUCAGUGCUGUUUACUUUAGGUGGAUAAUCCAUCUUCACAAUCUUGUUACUUUUGUGUUUUUUUUUUUUUCCUUUAACUCCAGUGUAUAGUAAAGCAAACUAUGACCUCAUACAGAAAGAGUAUUAUUAAAAAAAAAAAAAAAAAAGAAAAAGCACAAAAACGAACUAUAAGUCCAGUUAGCGGGAUCUCCUUUCUUUAUGAAAAAAAAAAACUAAAAAAAAAUCAGACUACGGCGAGAAAAAUACGACAUUUUAAAAAAUUUUUUUUUUUUUUGGUUCUGUUUUUGCUCCCUCCAAAUCUCAUGCUGUGUAGGCUUCUUGUCUCCGCCCCCCUUUUUUUUUUUUUUUUCUCGUUUCUUUUUUUGCUCAAUGUGUAUUUUUUGGGGGAGGGAAAAUGUAGGAGAGACUGGCGUUGUAUUUUGGUAGAGCUUUUAUCAAGAGGCCAGGCUUUCGGCUGUUACACACACAGACCAUAUGCAGUAAAUCUUCCGUUUUCCUGUCUCUUAGGAAUCCCGUGUAAUUCAGAACGUGGGCUUGGAAAGUUUUUAUUUUCAUCAUUUUGUGACGGUUACUUUUUUUUUUCCCCCUCCACUCUUCCUGUUGUCCCCCCUUUUACCCCAACCCCCAGCGUUAAAACAUUCUGUGUAAUCUCCAUUAAAUUUGGUACAAAACCACUUGCCAGGGCUGUGGUGUCGGAAAAAAAUAAAAUAUAUUUCUUACAAA